GCAGCGAAUUGAAAAUAAGCACAUUUUUUUUUCCUUUUUGUUUUAAAUUUUACACAGGAAAGAAAAAUCACUGCAGUGUGGAAUGUGGCAGAGAAUUCUCUAACAGGAGUGCUCUUCAGAAACACUCGAGAGUUCACACCGGAGAGAAGCCAUAUUACUGUAAUGAAUGUGGUAAACAGUUUUCACAAAAAGGCCAUCUUCAGGGACACACGAGAGUACACACUGGAGAGAAGCCAUAUUGCUGUAAUGAAUGUGGUAAACAGUUUUCACAUAAAGGCCAUCUUCAGAUACACACAAGAGUUCACACUGGAGAAAAGCCGUAUUGCUGUAAUGAAUGUGGCAAACAGUUUUCACAAAAAGGCGAUCUUCAGAGACAUAUGAGAGUUCACACCGGAGAGAAGCCAUAUUGCUGUAAUGAAUGUGGUAAACAGUUUUCACUAAUGCGCAGUCUUCAGAACCACAUGAGAGUUCACACUGGAGAGAAGCCAUAUUGCUGUAGUGAAUGUGGUAAACAGUUUUCACAAAUGCACAGUCUUCAGAACCACACGAGAGUUCACACUGGAGAGAAGCCGUAUUGCUGUAGUGAAUGUGGUAAACAGUUUUCACAAAUGCACAGUCUUCAGAACCACACGAGAGUUCACACUGGAGAGAAGCCGUAUUGCUGUAGUGAAUGUGGUAAACAGUUUUCACAAAUGCACAGUCUUCAGAACCACGCGAGAGUUCACACUGGAGAGAAGCCGUAUUGCUGUAAUGAAUGUGGUAAACAGUUUUCACAAAUGCGCGUUCUUCAGAACCACACGAGAGUUCACACUGGAGAGAAGCCAUAUUGCUGUAAUGAAUGUGGUAAACAGUUUUCACAAAAAUGCGAUCUUCAAAAACACACGAGAGUUCACACCGGAGAGAAGCCAUAUUACUGUAAUGAAUGUGGUAAACAGUUUUCACAAAAAGGCCAUCUUCAGGGACACACGAGAGUACACACUGGAGAGAAGCCAUAUUGCUGUAAUGAAUGUGGCAAACAGUUUUCACAAAAAGGCGAUCUUCAGAGACACACAAGAGUUCACACCGGAGAGAAGCCAUAUUGCUGUAAUAAAUGUGGUGAACAGUUUUCACAAAUGCGCAGUCUUCAGAAUCACACGAGAGUUCACACUGGAGAGAAGCCAUAUUGCUGCAAUGAAUGUGGUAAACAGUUUUCACAAAAAUGCGAUCUUCAGAGACACACGAGAGUUCACACUGGAGAGAAGCCGUAUUGCUGUAAUGAAUGUGGUAAACAGUUUUCACAAAUGUGCAGUCUUCAGAACCACACGAGAGUUCACACUGGAGAGAAGCCAUAUUGCUGUAAUGAAUGUGGUAAACAGUUUUCACAAAAAUGCGAUCUUCAGAGACACACAAGAGUUCACACCGGAGAGAAGCCAUAUUGCUGUAAUGAAUGUGGUGAACAGUUUUCACAAAUGCGCAGUCUUCAGAAUCACACGAGAGUUCACACUGGAGAGAAGCCAUAUUGCUGCAAUGAAUGUGGUAAACAGUUUUCACAAAAAUGCGAUCUUCAGAGACACACGAGAGUUCACACUGGAGAGAAGCCGUAUUGCUGUAAUGAAUGUGGUAAACAGUUUUCACAAAUGUGCAGUCUUCAGAACCACACGAGAGUUCACACUGGAGAGAAGCCAUAUUGCUGUAAUGAAUGUGGUAAACAGUUUUCACAAAAAUGCGAUCUUCAAAAACACACGAGAGUUCACACCGGAGAGAAGCCAUAUUACUGUAAUGAAUGUGGUAAACAGUUUUCACAAAAAGGCCAUCUUCAGGGACACACGAGAUUACACACUGGAGAGAAGCCAUAUUGCUGUAAUGAAUGUGGCAAACAGUUUUCACAAAAAGUCGAUCUUCAGAGACACACAAGAGUUCACACCGGAGAGAAGCCAUAUUGCUGUAAUGAAUGUGGUGAUCAGUUUUCACAAAUGCGCAGUCUUCAGAAUCACACGAGAGUUCACACUGGAGAGAAGCCAUAUUGCUGUAAUGAAUGUGGUAAACAGUUUUCACAAAAAUGCGAUCUUCAGAGACACACGAGAGUUCACACUGGAGAGAUGCCGUAUUGCUGUAAUGAAUGUGGUAAACAGUUUUCACAAAUGUGCAGUCUUCAGAACCACACGAGAGUUCACACUGGAGAGAAGCCAUAUUGCUGUAAUGAAUGUGGUUAACAGUUUUCACAAAAAUGCGAUCUUCAAAAACACACGAGAGUUCACACCGGAGAGAAGCCAUAUUACUGUAAUGAAUGUGGUAAACAGUUUUCACAAAAAGGCAAUCUUCAGAGACAUAUGAGAGUUCACACCGGAGAGAAGCCAUAUUGCUGUAAUGAAUGUGGUAAACAGUUUUCACAAAAAGGCGAUCUUCAGAACCACACGAGAUUUCACACUGGAGAGAAGCCAUAUUGCUAUAAUGAAUGUGAUAAACAGUUUUCACAGAUGGUCAGUCUUCAGAUACACACAAGAGUUCACAACAGAAUAAAAUCAGUAGCACUUUAAAAAUCAGUCAAGAAAAACAGGAACCCUUCAGGACUCAAGAGUGAGGUUCAGUCGU